ACGAUUUGCGCUUCCUUUUUGCAGAAUGCGGGCAAGACUCAUUCAACAGCCAAACCUCCCUCCCUCCCUCGACACUCUUUCUUCCAUUCAACUCAUCCCCGCGACAAUCUGAAUUCGCGAGAAGACAAUAUUCACAUCAUGUCAUCGCCACUAGUCCUCCUCCCGGGCGACGAAGUGCCCUCCGAAUACCUCCCGGCCAGCAGUUCCGCGCCGUUGAGGUUGGGCGCCGGUCUCCGUUUGCUCUCGCAACCGCAUCCUACGACGACGAGCAGCUCGUCGACACAAGCGCCUAGCCACGUCCUUACCGCCACGCAGGCCGGGAUUCUCUCCACAGACACCAAGCGGAACGCCCUCUCGAUCCUCUCCUUCCCGCACCGCCGCUACAUCCCGACCGCCAACGACCUGGUGAUCGCGCAGAUCCACCACUCCAGCCCGGAUUACUUCCACUGCAUGAUCACGCCGCAAGCGCCUCACGCGGUGCUGGGGCAGUUGUCCUUCGAAGGGGCCACGAAGAAAACCCGGCCCAUGUUGAAGCAGGGCGAUCUGGUGUAUGCGCGGGUCCUGUCCAUUGGCCUCGGGGCAGGCGCGGAGGUCGAGCUGGCGUGCGUGAACCCGGCAACGGGCAGAGCGGAACCGGGCGGUCUGGGCCCGUUGAAUGGGGGGAUGGUGUUUGAUAUCUCGACGGGCAUGGCGUCUCGAUUGAUGCGAGCCAGCUCGUCGACGGGGGAGCAGCAGGAUGGGGUGGCCGGGUUGGUGGUGUUGGAUGAACUGGGCAAGAAGCUGGAGAAGGCCGGCGGGUUCGAGAUCGCGAUUGGCAGGAAUGGCAAGGUGUGGGUGGAUUGUUCGAACUCGGGGGAUGUCGCUGUCAAGGCGACGGUAGCAAUUGGCCGCUGUUUGACCACGAUUGACGAGCAUGAUUUAAAUCCCGCAGACCAGAAGAAGUUGGUGUCGCGAGUCUUGCGGGAGCUGAAGAUCGAAGUGUAAAAAAAAUCAUGGCCUUAUCGAUGUGUGUUACGAGUAUUUCUGGUUCUGUCCGGUGUUACGAUAGAUUUGGUGUUAGUUUCGAGCCCC